AUGCUCUUUGACCUUUUCGUCAAUUCCGAGAACACGUCCAUCACGCACUGUCUGAGGGGCUUCAGCAACACGGAGACACUAUGCAGUGAAUACAAGUACUACUGUGAGCAGUGUCGCAGCAAACAGGAAGCACAGAAGAGGAUGCGGGUGAAGAAGCUCCCGAUGAUCCUCGCCCUCCACCUGAAGCGCUUUAAAUACAUGGACCAGCUGCACCGCUACACCAAACUGUCCUAUCGCGUCGUCUUCCCGCUGGAGCUCCGCCUCUUCAACACGUCCGGGGACGCCACCAACCCCGACCGCAUGUACGACCUGGUGGCGGUGGUGGUGCACUGUGGCAGCGGUCCCAACCGAGGACACUACAUCACCAUCGUCAAGAGCCACGGCUUCUGGCUGCUGUUCGAUGACGACAUCGUGGAGAAAAUCGACGCCCAGGCGAUCGAGGAGUUCUACGGCCUCACGUCGGACAUUUCCAAGAACUCUGAGUCAGGAUACAUCCUGUUCUACCAGUCCAGAGACUGAACCAGCCGCCACUCAAUCCCCCACAGACUGUCACUCAACAGAGGGGGAGGGGCUUACCGCUGCUACCGGCUCCGCCCAGUACGCUCACACCAGUAUCCGGGCUUUAUUUCCCUGUGGGCGGAGAUUUGCACUGGAGCGCCCACUCGGAUCGGUGGAGACGUGCGCAGGUCGCAUGGCAGCCUCCUGGAUUACGCCCGUUCGAUUCCUCUGAGCGCCUCGACCAAAACAAGAUGGCCGAACCGCUAACACCCGCUCUGCUCUGUGGCGUCAGCCGGGGGCAACGUGAGUAAACACCAAUCCAAGAGGCUGACAUCACCGUGUGCACGCCGGUUCACCACCGAGGUAAACGCUGCAGGGCCGGGGACGGGGGGGGGGGGUUGACGCAGAGCGACCAAUCAGGAGGAGACACCAGAGGCUGCCAAUCAUCCUUGACGUGGCUACCAUCAUGUCUUCUUUUAUUGUGCAUGUGAAACCGAGCUCAAUCUGCUUUCCACAGGGACCGUGGAGCUUUUCCUUCGCUUCAUGCUAACACACACACACACCCACCAACACACAACCAUCGUGUCACAACAACCAAAACCACAGACACAACUGUCUUUGACUGAAAAUAUGACAGAAAUACAAUUUAACAGUUUAAUGCUAAGCUGUCGUGCUAGCUGUCAAUGCUAAAGAGAACCACACAGGAAACGAACCAGUAUCCUCCUCGAUCCCAUUAACACAAUUUGAUUGGCUGCCGCAUAGAAAGUCGAGAUCUAAGUGGAAGUAUUAGAGCUACUGGUGUGUUGUGUCAUAGUCGGGGCUACAAACCCUAAAGGAAGAGAGGUCAGGUGGUUAGUUAAACCUUUUGAAGCAGGCGUUUCCUGUUCAGACAUUUACCCACAAUCCCUUUCUGCCAUUUGCUUUUUAAACACUCCUUCAAAUGUCAUUUUAAAGGCUCAAACACAAAGGUCCUCUCACUCCUGACAGACACUACAUGAAGCCCGUGAAUGUUCAGUUCCCUUUUUGUUUUUAAAGCUUUCCUCAUCGACAGCGAACCCUUAGCUUCUCCGUGCCCCCCCCCCCCGCUGCAGGCUGGCACAGUGCGUCAUCCUCCAAUCAGCCGCUCAGCUCUGGUUUGUGCCGCUGCAGCUCUGGCCUCUUUUACAUAACAUGUUUUCCCCUCGGUGACGUCGGCUCGGCUCGCGUGGAGCUCGCCCACAGUCGCUCUCCGACUCGGUGGAUGUGAUGAGGCGGCCUCAUGCCUGCUGUCGUGGUUAAAACCACUUCCUCUGCUCGGUAUCGGAUCCAAUUCGGCACAAUGGCAUCGAGCUCAGGAAGGUCACAGCUUCUUCUGAUUCACGGCUGACUCAUCCUGCCGCUGGUUAGAUAUGAACAGUUGAGACUGAAGUGAAGCUUUUAUCAACCGGUCAGUGUUUGUUAAAACUUCAUUAACACGUAAAGUUUUGUUUGACUUCAUGAGAAACAGGAAACAAUUUCAACGUUUUACUUUACUUCCUCUCGUUCUCUAAAGUUUAAUUUGCGUCAAAAUGUUCCGAUGCCAAUACCAGUGUGUUUAACGAGGAUAAAACUUUUUUAACGUAUUUUAUUCUCUAUUUAGACUUUUUACUUUACAACUUUACAUGUUAUCUAACUCCGGCUAACGCAACACUACCUCAAAAUCACUUCUUCUUCUUCGCUGCUCUAAAAUCAGUACCCGCUCGUGGAAGAACAGCACAACUUCAGAAGAAAAAGAAGAAGAAGUGAUUUCUGGAAAAAUGAAGUUGCAGUUUUGACUGAAACACUUUGAAGGACUUUGAGGACGUGUAUUCACUGACUUAACGUUAUUGGCAUUGGGACAUCUCUAAUUUUACACUGCUGAGCUCACGAGGCUCCACCCGACUGGGCUGUCCUGGUUUAACAAGCGAGCUCACCCCCCCUCCCCUGUCCCGGAGCUGCAGCAGAAGGAAAGUGAACGGAGACUUUCUCUCUCUGCAGCGUUUGAGCUUGUUUAUAUUCCACAGCGGCUGAGUGGCCGGGCGGUGGCUCAAGUAUUAUCUGAAUGUUCAAAUGUACAGUGAAAUGAAACCAGGGCUGCCGCUGCCUGACCCGGAGAACCCAGUUUGGGUUCCGACCCCCCGAGUCGCUCUCUCUCCUUCUUAAGCCAGAAGCAUGAUUUGCAUUUCCAUUGACAUCACGUCGCCUCGAUCUCCAUGGAACUCUGACGGUUCAGUCACCGAGCGGCUUCUUAAAGUCUUGACAGGAAGAAUGUUCAGAGCAGAAACUCACGGGAUGACGGCCGACGUUUGUUCUGACCCGACGAGCCCCACCUGUUUAUUUUGGGUUUGACGAGAGGAAGCACAAACUAAAUUUAGUUCCUGAUGCAAACUACACGUGGGAAAAAGUUUCUGCCCUGGGGGGUGGAACUGUUUUAGUGCUGAUAAACUUCACCAACAGCUUUUACUCUGCUCCUGCCUCAUGUUUUAUCUUUUAACUAAUCCUCUGAUUUGUAUCUUCACACGAUAAAACUAGUUUAUAUCAAGUUAAGUGACUGAAAUGUUCCUGUUCCAUGCGUCGGAUGAAAGUCGUGGAUCAAAUCUCCCUCGACUUAAAUCGGAGAGUUAGAAUCUCAGAACUCCAGACGUCUCCCCCCCGACCUCCUCCCUCACUCGGUCGAGUUCAACACUAUCAACCUUUUUUUCCUGCGCUGCUAUUUCGUGAGGCGUUUUUGAGGUUUGAUCUACUUUGAGAAGUCUGCAAAAAUAAAGUUGAAUUUUAAACCUUUUCAAAGAAACGUUUCCUUCGCUCUCGAGAUGUUAAAGAACAGUAACAAGCACAAACAGCCUCAUGUGAGAUGAAGUCAUCAGAAUGCAGUCGGACGAGGAAAUAAAAACGUUCAUGAAGUCGUCGGCGCCCAAAAUAUGAACGUGUUGGUUGAAAUGUUCGCUUUGGAAAGUCGUGUCGAAAACGAGGCUCUUUUUAUUUAAAUAUUAAUAUGAAUGUCUAUAUUAACUUCUUAUUUUCUUAGAUGUUUCUCUUGUUUUUGAUAUAUUCUACUAAUUUUAACAGUCUACUAUUCUUGCUCAGGCAGCUCCAGAUGUUUUGAGGGUUUGAUUUUGUUUCCUGGAGGUUUGUGACGAGAGGUGUUGACGUGUACAUAAAUACAGAUGUUAUUAUUGGAAUAUAAUUAAUUGCUUGCUGGAAAUAAUCAACUGACCUAGAUGGAAAAUGUUAGUGGAUGUUUUUUGUCUCUACUUUUAAUUGAAUGAAUAUGUCUGGGGCUUAAUUAAAAUAAAAUGACAAGCCCCACCCAUGUGGCAUCACAAGGAUACUAAAACAAGCAGCACCAGAUAAACCUGAUUGGUCGAAGUAUUGUAAGGAGGAAGAAGAGACGUUUUAUAAGAAACUGACCGAAAACUGUCAAGUGAAUCACUGUGUUAAAGGAAAAAUCCACUUUCAGUUACAGACUUGUAUUAUAAUUAGUUUUUUCAAUAAUUAAUAGAACUUAAAUUAGUUGAUUUAUCGAUAGUUACAGCAAAGACAUUCCAAAGAUUUGUUUAGAAACAGUAAAAUAUUUAGCCGGAGGUUCAUGACAAAUUUACUUGAAAUGUUAAAUGUCAAAUGUAUUUUUUAUCAAAAAAAAUAGUUUCAGCCUUAAAUGAUCAGUAUUCAAAUAUCGGGUUCAAUAACUUUCUUAGCAAAAGUAUUCAUACAAAUAGAAUGGGAAGGAGAUGUUUGAAGAAAGGCAUGAUGGGAAAUGUAGUAAAUUGCUCCGUGACGUACAAACACCAACAUUAAUCCACAAAGUCAUUGAAUAAAAAAGUGCAGAUGGAUUUUUCCUUUAACAGUUGAACUUUGUUUCCUCGGAAAUGUCUGGACUUCACAUCACUUCCUGUUUUAAAGACAUGAAUGUAAAUGUUUGAAUCAUGUGACAGACAACGUGUCGUUAACACAACAGCUUCACAGACACAAACCAGGAAACAACUUAUUUACACCAACGUGAAACAAUGAAGGAGGAUAAUGAUUUAGUAUCUUGGUUAAAUGAAGUGUGGAUUGUGUCUGUGCAGCUGAGGUUCGGUCUGUAUCCCAGUGGACGACUGGUUUCUGAUGGCGUCCCAACUGUUUGAAAUAAAACACAAACUGGUUUUAAA